AUGCUGACACACACGCGCUUCAGCCACAUGGAUCAGACGAGAACAUUUAACACGGUGAAUCGUGAUGGAAUUUGGAAAAUCAUACACGUGGUGCGUCGGCUUCACAACCGGAUGACGGCUCGCGUCACGGACCAUGAGACAGUAUCAGAAGCGGUGGCGGUGAUCAAUAGAGUGAAACAGGCCUACGUACCCGAUCUCAUCCUCUUCAAUCUCAUGGCUUCUGCUUUACUGAUGGACGCCUACAUUGAUGAGCCACUCGAAUCCGCAUUGACUAAUAGACCGUCGGUAGCCGAUCGGCUACCAAAACCAAAAGAGUUGCUCGCAAAUCUACAGUGCCGUCAAUACACAACGCCACGAUUUAGCCCCUUCCAUGUCAAUCAGUCCCACCCACCAUCUCCCCUGUCACAUCCUCCACGAUGGCAUGACUACCCCCUGCCGCUGUCCCAACAAUCACCCUCACUAACACCACCCCCACCAGCAGCAAUGUAG